CAACGGUUGGGUGUACGGAUCGCAGCUCGCAGUUUGAAUAUCUUUGAAUAUAAAAACACCCAAGGAUUGAUUAAACAUGUUUACCAUAACAAACUGGAAGUUGGCAAUCAGUUGGUGCGGCAUUAUCGGCGCGGUUUGUGUGAUGCCAGGCACCUACGGCGGCGCCUAUACGCGAGAGAUUGUGAACGAUAAGCCGCCGCUGCAGGAGCGACCUGCCUGGCUGCAGACCUGCAAGCGAUCCAAUCCCAAUGAGGACAAGUGCUUCCGGCGGCUCUUCUUCCAGCUCUUUCCAGCGCUGGCCGCUGGCAUACCAGAGAUCGGUGUCAAAAGCUUCGAGCCGCUGAACAUCGAUCAGGUGUCCGUGUCGAAGGGCAGUGGGAAUCUAGUGCUGUCUGGGGGAUUCCAGAACCUGGUCAUACGCGGACCCUCCAAUGCGACAGUGCGAAGGGCCAGUUUGGAUCUGGAGCGACGGCUGCUGAGCUUUGAGCUGGUGCUGCCGCGUCUGCGGAUACGGGCCAAGUACAAUCUGAAGGGAAACAUUCUGCUGCUGCCGCUGAUUGGCAACGGGGAUGUGGCCAUGGCCUUGAAGAACGUGCACACCACCGUCUACACGAGAAUCUCGCUGCGGAACGAGACCCAGACGGGGGACGAGAUCAUCCACAUUGACGAGAUGAAGGUCAGCUUUGAGGUGGGGGCCAUGCGCAUCCACCUGAAGAAUCUGUUUAACGGCAACGACAUCCUGGCCGCCUCGAUCAACACGUUCUUGAAUCAGAACGGCAACGAGGUGAUUGCCGAGCUGCGGCCGGACCUGGAGUUGGGGCUGGCCGACAUCUUCCAUGGCCUGUGGAACAAUGUCUUCUCCAAGAUGCCCACCAAGCUGUGGCUGGUAUAGGUCUAGCUGUCUAGCUCU